GUUCUUGUUGCAGCAUUUUUUACAUGGGUGCCAUUAUAGUUACAUCAACCGCUCUUGUAUCACGCAUCCUGGAUGUAAUAUUUCCUCUGAAUGUUUCUCGUCGUAAUGCUACUAUAUUCAGCCUACUAUUUCGUUGAUGAAAAUCAAUAUUUCUACUAUUUUUUUUUCAUAUGUUAAUUAGCUUCCUUGUAGGUAUAACCGGAAUAAUCACUCAUGAUGGCGUGUUUUUUAUUUACGUCAAACACAUUUGCGGUCUUUUCACAGUUGUUGGGUAAUAAUUAUUUUUACUCAAAGCAAGAUCCUAUAUACCUAAUUAGAAAAGAAAUAAAAUUCUCAAUAUUAAAGAGUAAAUAAAAUGUAAUAAUAGUUUUAGUACGUUCGCUUGUACGUUCGCUUCGACAAAGCUGAAAUUAAUUUGUAGAAAUUUUUAUAACAAUGUUUUGCCUAAAAACUUGCAGAUUUAGAUAUGGGCAUGUAGCACAUAUUGUCAAACAUAAUUCUAUGGAAAAAAAUAUGUUCAAUUAUUCGGAUGCCGCAUAUCACAGAAAUAUUGUGAUGGCGCUCAUCGAAAGGCCUUCAGUGAGUUUGUAAGAAUCGUAUAUAUUUCUCUUGUUAAUCUUGAUACUACAACUUAACACUUGAUACAAACUUGAUACUAUAACUAAUCAGCAACUUAUUUUUGAUAAAAUUGCAUUGUUUUGAUUUUUAUUUAUAAAUUUAGUCAUCUUACAUUUUUAGCGCCUUAUUACAGAUUUACGCGAUUUCUUGAGAAUAAUUUUACGAUGUCACUUGCUGUGCAACUUAUGAUCGUUACGGUCGGUUUGAGCAUUACUUUAGUACAAGUAAGUGACUUAUGAAUACAGAAAUACAAGAAUUUUGUAAUAAGAAACUAAAACAUAAUUUUAUAUUUUCCGCGCGCAAGCUUUCGAUACAGUUGCAUGAGUUUGCGGAAGCAAUGCAAUAUUCCAUCUUUAUUUUUGCUCAAAUUUUUCACUGUUUUGCUUUAGCUUCCAAAGACAAAAAGUGAGUGAGUGAGUGAGUGAGUGAGAUGUAAGAAAUGAUUAAUUAUUUAUUAUAUAUAAAUUUAAUUAGUGUAGAGGACAUUUGCAUUGAAAUGUUUACAAAAUUUGAUUACUGUUUGAAAUUAGUACUAUUACUUAUUAUAUCUAUUUUAUAUGUUAUACCUAAUAGCAAUUUUAUAGAUAUCAUGGUUCAUGGUAUACUAUACCUGUGAGGCAACAAAAACUGCUCAUAUUUAUGAUGAGAAAGGUACGUGGGUAGUCCCAGAAGUACCCGACCUAACAAAGAGAACACAAAAAAUUUAGGAAAAAAUAUCUUUAUUUCUCAACAUAGUCUCCUUUUAGCUCAAUACACUUUUCCCAGCGAUGUUCAAUAGCUUCGAUACCCUGUUUAUAGUAAGAACUGUCUUCGCCUUCUUUAAAGCCGAUUCUCCCCUUGCAGUCCAAUGUUUUAACUGUUCUUUCGUCUCAGGUGUGAAGUUAUGGACCCAUGUUUUAUCUAUGGUUAUAAAUCGAUGCAAAAACUCGGCUUUAUUAUUGUGAAACAUCGCGAAACACUCGCGAAACAUCCUCACGACGCUGUUUUUGUUCUACUGUGAGCAAACGCGGCACCCAUCUUGCGCACAGCUUUCUCAUCGUCAAAUUUUCAGUCAAUAUGCGAUGUAUAGCGCUUUUUGAAAUAUCUACACUAGCUCACGCACUUUCAGUCGAUGGUCAUCCAAUACCAUUUUAUGGAUUUUCUUCAUCAUUUCUGGCGCGGUUACCUCAUUUGGUCGAGCACUGCGAUGUUCGUCUUGGCAGCUCGUACGGCCUCGUUUAAACUCUGCCACCCAAUAUUUUAUUGUUGUAAACGAAGAUGCAGACUUCCCCAGAGUAGAAUCUCAGCUUUGAUAUUGAUUGGACUGAGAUCUUUCAAAUGAAUUGUAUAACAUGAUGACCAAUUUUUUCCAUGUUUCCAAAUUCACUGAGAGAGUUCACUAUUGAUGGCUGCCAUACAAAUACUAAAUAACGUAGCAUCUUCAAACUUCACACUUAAGCUUUAUAAGGUUGGUACUUUCUAUCACAGUAAUUUUUUAAAAUAACAACCGCCAUUUAUACGUCAAGUCGGGUACUUCUGGGACUACCCUCGUAUCGAGGCUAGUGUCUUAUCCCCGGCAAGCCUAAUAAAUAUUUUUCUUAGAGAGUUUCACAAUGGUAAAACAAUUACAUAACAAAUGUCAUAAAAAUAUGCAAGAUGAAAUGUAAAAGCUCAGUUUUCGUUUAGAUCGAGGAGAGCUUCAUGUCAUUCUUUACAUUGUUAUCGUUCUUUGACGUGUCGUGAUUAAUAGGAUCCAACGAUUAUGACAGUACGUAGUAAAAUAUUUCUGAAAUGUUACACACAAGAAUAUAAUAUUAAUAUUAAUAAUACGCCGAAUAAAAUGAUAUUUAUAUUUGUUAUCAUGUGAUAAUACAAAAAAUAAUAAAAUUUUAUUUUGCUAUUGUUAUUACUAAGCGACUAAAGAGCUCUCUUCCUCUCCAAGACGUCGAACACUCACAUUUACAGGGGGCUGUCUCUAUCAAUAGAGUAUUCAUUUUAUUAUACCAUUUUACUCUGAUCGUUCUCUGCAAAGGGAACGUGGAAAACGAGCCGUUUAUCGGUGCUAUGUUAUAGUUAAUGUCAAAGAAUCAAAUACCACUUGUUUCUGCAAAUUCUACGUUAUGAUUGUUGAUUGACGUAACACGCAACGAAGUUAUUUCACGAAAAUUAACCACGUAUAGCGGUUUUAUCGCAAGGGGACACAUUAUCGUAACUGGCGUCUUGCACCGAGGAGUGAGCGAUCGUACGAAGGUUUGAAUCGUCUCCGCAAUACCGAAGACGUGGUAUCAUUUCCCUGGUGUGACGUUCUACAGUUAAAAAAAGUUAUACAUUGUAGCUUUUGGUACAAAAUAUCCGUGAAAUAAUAAAGGACUAUUCUUAUUUAUGAUGAGAGAAAGGAUCGAAGAAGACAAAUUUUUUGUUCUUUUAUUUAAAAAGGUAAUUCCUCGCGACUUUGCACAUUUACGUUUAUUUGGUGUCAUGGUAAAAAAUACGAGCAGUGUAAAAAAAUAAUGGUAUUUUGUUUAAAAAAGCACAUACACACAUACACACAUUUGGCUUAAGAAAAAGUACUUUCGUUUGAUAAAUAUUACUAAAAUGCAAAAAAAUAUGAUAAAAUAUUUUAUUGUUAUUUAUAGGUGUAAAUGUUCGAUGUCAUACUUUACAUUAUUAUUGUCCUUCAAUGUGUCAUCGAUGUUCGACGAUUAAGAUGACAGUAAAAUAUUCAUGAAGAAAACGUUUCACAAAAUUAUAAUAUUAUUAAUCAUAUAUCAAACAAAAUAUAAAUUAUAUAUCAAACGAAAAAUAUAUAUACAAUAUAUUUACUAUAAUUUAAUAAGGCAAAAUCAAUUAAGUUUUAUUACUAAUCAAAGAACUAAAAAAACUAUCCCUUAUACUCUUUUUCAAAAAGAGCGAUGCAUAUGAAGAAACUAUCGUCAUUUACUUUAUUUUUCAUUUGUCAUAGAUUUGCGAAACUUCUCGAGUAUACAUACAUUUACUAUAUGUAUAUCUUUUGCUGUAUAAAUAUUGAUAAUUAUCAUCGGUUUGCAUUUCGACAAUUAAGACACGUGUUAUGAAAUUAUUUAAAGUAAAUUCCGAUUGAAAUUAUUCAAGUAUUUCCUUUCCAUUGUAUUUUCUAGAAAACACGAAAUACAGAGAAAAUAAUGAAAAAGAGAACCAUUCCUGCUAAUUAUUUUUGCCAAAGGUUGAAGUAUAAAUAUUGUACAUCAGAGACGCUUGUCAUGUAGUAAUAUUAAGCAACACAACGCAAUGAUACAUAUGGCAGACAUGAUAGCACUUAUCUUAUAGCUAAGUACAUAGAUGUAACGUUAUUCAGGAACUUUUAUUUUCUUAAAAUAUAUAUGUUCACCGACAAAUAUAUAUGUUUCACGUAGAAGAAAAUCAUCUUGGCCGUCGUUCAUAUUCAUUUUUUACUACAUGACACGCGAAAUUAUUACUUCAAAGGUUAUUAUUUUUCCCCGACAUAUUAUUUUUCGGUCUUCCAUUAUCUCUGCUAAAAUAUUAAUUUCUCUCUCAUAAUACAAAGGAGACAAGAAAUUUAGUCUACUUCGUGUAGUCGAUGGCGAAACACCGUUUUAAAAAUUAUGGAAUCUGAAAAUAAUUAUUACAAUCUUUAUUACGGUCAUAUAGAGAAGUUUUUAUCACUUAUCGGUCAAUGGCCUUAUCAAACAAAAAAGACAAGACUGUUUCGACUGUUCAUAUUAACUAUAGUAGCUAUAUCGCUGCUUAUUCCACAGGUUCUAAACAAAUUUAUUAUAACAUUUUCAUCACGUUCUUGCAAGUUCUAAAAUUAAUAGUCAAUAAUGUCUAUAAAAUUCUUUAAUCAAAAUACGAUGUGUAUGUAUGUGUGUGUGUAUGUAUGCAAAAAACGUAAUCUGCAUCUGUUAUGCUUAAUAAUAUACAAUUCGAAAAAAUGUAGGAGAGAAUCCCACUUAUAAUUCUGCGAAAAAACAUAAAAUAAAAAUAAAUAUAAAAGUACAUUGCAUGUAAAAUUAUAAAUAUAAUUAUAUCUUAAUAUCUGAAAACUGGACGCGCACAAAUUAUAGAUUUGUCCAAAGAAAGAUUUAAUAACGAUAUUUCCAGAUAGCCGGAGCUGUGCAAUGUGACGGAGAUACUGCAUGUCUUAGUUUUAUCAUACUGCUAUUUCCAUUAAUGCCUUUAAUUAUUAUGAGCGUAUACACGUGCCAGUAUGCCAAUGACAAAGUACACCAACAUAGAAAUUUAUAUUAUACACUGAUUAUUUGAAUUAUUUUUUACGCAGUUUUUUUUACGAUUUCGGUAGAUUGUCUGAUAAGAUUUAUCAUUUCUUUUGCUGGUAUAUAUUUUUAGAUAAAACAACUCCUUAAAUACCUGAAUAGCGAUUGGGAAAUCCCGAAAGGUGACAAAGAACUCAGUAUUAUGAAAACGUAUGCCGCGAAUGGAAAACGAAUUUUUUAUGUGUAUUCCGGUAAGGAUAAAUCAAUAUUAUUUUUAUAUAAACAUACAACUAUUAAUGGCUAUUUUGUUACAGGUAUGAUUUACUUAGCUGUUAUGUUUUGUUUUUUAAUUGUACCCCUUAUACCCAAAGCAUUAGACAUCGUGUUACCUCUUAACGAAUCCCGACCCGCAAGUCUGCCUUACGAGGCCAAUUACUUCGUGGAUAGCGAUAAAUAUUAUUACUUUAUUAUUCUCCAUAUAUUUGUAUGCCUGGAGAUACUUGCAACACUAGUAAUCGCGAAAGACAACAUAGUGCUGGGUUGCAUCCAGCAUGUUUGCAGCAUCUUCACUGUGGCUGGACAUCGUUUUGAUGUUGUAUCACGCUACAGUGAUAACAACUCGACGAAUAGUUUACAUGCAAUCAACAUGUACAAUAAAAAAAUUGCGCUUUCCGUGUAUGCACACCAGCAAGCUUUACGAUUUGUGGAUCUUCUUGAAGACACCUUUUGCUAUCCUUCCCUUAUACAUAUGUUUAUAAUUGUCGUGGCACUAACCUUUACACUGAUGAUGUUAGCAGUAAAGUUUGAUGAUCAGAUAAUUGACGUGCCGAGGAAGACAAUAGUACUCCUUUGUUUACUGUCGCAAAUAUUCUACUAUUGUAUGCAAGGCCAGAGAUUGAUAGAUCACAGCGAGGAAGCACGUGAAAAGAUAUAUAACUCUUCUUGGUAUAACAUACCACCAAAAUCUCAAAAAAUGCUUUUGUUCGUGAUGCUGACAAAUAUGGAACCGAAUACUAUCACCGCCGGCAAGAUUUUUACGUUUUCCCUGGAGACCUUCGCUAGGGUCAGCACUGGAGUAUGUCAGGGCAUUGAUCUUAAUGGGAGCUCUGGGGUUUACUGGGGAUACGUCGCACCAGUAGCAGCUACGGGGGUGUUGUUCGGCAUUGAAUUAUUUGAUGAAGUGGUUGUUGCAGCGACGGCGGCGACUGGCCGCUUGAGGUGUGAAUUGAGGUAUGCCGUGCACACGAAACUUCCCGAACGAAUAUUUCCCGGCUCCAUCUUUGCUUGGAUCAGGUUAAUGUCAAAGAAUCAAAUAUCACCUGUUCCUGCAAAUUCUACGUCCCGGUUGUUGAUUGACGUGACACGCAACGAAGUUAUAUCGCGAGAAUUAACUAUGUAUAGCGGUUUUAUCGCAAUGGGACACAUCAUCUUAAUUGGCGUCUCGCGUCGAGGAGUGAGCGAUCGGUCGUACGAAGGUUUCAAAUUAGUCGUCUCCGCGAUACCGAGAAGACGUGGUAUCAUUUCUUUAAAAAUUAUGGAGGCCCGGAGACAUUAUUAUGAUAUUGUCUAUAAAAUAUCGUCGCUCACCGGUACGUGGCCGUAUAUGAAACCGAGAGCGAGGAUAUUUCGCGUUGCUCUACUGACCAUAACCAUGCUGACUAUAUUCGUUCCGCAAAUAGCGUAUCAAUUUAUGUGCAAGACAAACAUACAAUGCAUGUGCGAGGCGAUGACAUCGUACCUGCUAACAUUUGUGGCUUUAUUAAAGGUGUACACGUUUCAAUUAAAUAUUCGUACGAUUAAAGGCCUUACUCAACACUUAUUCGUCGACUGGGAGGGACUAGAAAAGACAACUAAAGAAUACGAGAUCAUGAAGCUCUACGCAGAGAACAGCAGACGAUUUUGUCUGAUAUAUGUAGUAUAUUGCAUAACAGCGGUAUUUACGUUCAUGUCAAUGUCUCUUUUACCAUUCGCAUUCGACGUUGUGUGGCCCCUAAAUGAAUCCCGUCCCGUACUAGCCCCCUAUCCGGGAUACUAUUUCGUGGAUAUUCAGGAAUACUUUUUUAAAAUCUUCUGGCACUCGCUCAUCGCUUGGGAAAUUAUUAUGGCCGGAAUAGUCGCCCACGAUUGUAUGUUUGUAACUUACGUCGAGCAUGUUUGCAGUAUGUUUGCUAUGGUGGGAUUUCAUUUCAAAAAUUUAUUCUGUAAUCACGAUAAAGCAAUAAAGGUGACAGACGAUUCUAACAAUACUUAUUGCAAAAAAAUCGGAUUCUUUGUACAUGCACAUCAGGAAGCUUUAAGGUUUGCGGAAGUUCUCGAGGAUACUUUUACUGUACCUUUCGCCAUACAAAUGUUGAUAGUGACUUUAGGAAUAAGCAUCACCUUGUUGCAAAUUACGCAGCAAGACGGCGACAUCUUAGAAUCAAUCAGAUAUGGGCUGUAUAUCUUUGGACAACUGAUUCAUUUAUUCUUUCUCAGUUUCGAAGGACAGAAACUAAUAGAUCACAGCCUUCAGAUGAGCGACAAAAUAUACGGUAGCUCGUGGUACGAGGUGUCCAGGAGAUCACAGAAGCUAAUCAUGCUAGUGAUGAUGAAGAGUGUACGACCGGCUUGCUUGAGCGCCGGCAAGAUCUAUAUUUUCUCCCUGGAGAGCUUCACUACGGUUCUGCAGACUUCGAUGUCGUACUUCACGGUGCUCGCAUCUGUUCAGUAGCCUGAGUUGUUUGUGCAUCCGACGAUAUUACGCGAUAACACUCAUUAAGAGCAUUACCAUGUGUCUUUAAUUCUCAUAUUACAACUGUACAACUUUUUUGUUAACCACUCUGUUAUUUCCCAUUAAAGUUACACACUCUGAGUUGUACAUCUUAUUACAUAUCUUGAAAUUAUAUGAAUAAUGUAUAUAAUAAAAGAGAAGACUGCACUGAUUUUUCGAUGUAAAUCUUUUCGGCGCUGCAAGUUAAUUCCAUAAAUUUCCAGAAUUAUUUGUUUGUGGGCAUAUAACUUGAAAUAAUUUCGAGUAUUAAUUGCGGAAUAUAGUUUCGUUCCACUCUAAUAAAGUUUUUACAUAUAAAAAUAAUUAAAAAAGAACAGUAUAUCAAUCAAGCGUGUCAAGUAUCACCGCAAAAAGUAAAGUAUGCACGUCGACGAUAUAUUUGCUCUCUCGUAGCAAUUUUUCAUCGAAGUACAGGCAGAUACAUAUGACAUUGUAGCAUUUAUUGUAUCGCAAUUAUAUACACAGACACACCUUGUUUGUCUUACGAGAAUUCUCAUUUUCUUGGACAUCCUAAUCGAAUGUGCCGCACGAGUUACGUGGACUAUAAUCCAUAUUUCCAGAGCGACAAAUUUUAGAAAAAAACUUUUCUUAACAAUAGAAAAAUAUUUAAAAAAUUAGGAAACAUUGAAAAAAAUGUUAUACUCUAAAGUUGAACUCGAUAUAAAUGGAAAGAUAUUAUAAACGUGAUGUGAAAAAGCAUAAAACUCAAUUUUUGGAGCGCCGGCAAGAUUUAUAUCACCUUUUUUCAGAGCAACCGUAGUUAUUGUUAUAGAAGUUUUACGGUGGAAGUAAUACUUAUCUUAAAGUUAUUAACCGUGAACGUAUUACAGUGUUAAAAUGUUGUUAAAUAUAAUUUUGAAUCUCAUUGUUUUACUGAUAAAGUUAUAAGUUAUGAAGAAGAAUGAAAGAUGAAGAGACAAGUAAGAAACCGUGAUAUUAAUUUCAAGUGCUGAAACACGUUCAUUUUUUUGUUCAAUUUUAAAGGUGAAUUAUUACGCAAAGUAACAGAUUUUUAGUAAUGGACUAGGUUUUUAUUUGCAUCUAGAGUAUAUAAUACAUAGUAACGUUGUUAGCGCGAGUUGUGAAAACAAUAUAAAUUCAAAUCGUCGUUAACUGAUGAAAUUCGAUUUAAUGUCAAGCAAAAAUCACGCGUUAUCGGUAUUGACGAGCAUGUCACAUCGUCCAAAACGGUCAUUCUACACUUGUCAGUAAGGUCUCGAUACUAUCGUUACAAAAAUCGUCAAAGUUAAGAUCGAAUAAAAAGAAGUAAGUCUUAAAUAUCUUAAACAUUUAAUUUGAUAACUUAUUCACCUAUAUUAAUAAAAUCUUUCUCACGUGUGAGCCGAAAGUAUCGCGAAAGAAUUACUAACUUUCCCCAGAUAUUUUGUAGUAAUUAAAAAGAAAGUUCACGUUGUGCAGCGUCAACGUGUACUCGAUAUACCACAUCGUUUGGAUAUUCUGUUAAAAUUUUGAAGCUGUCGAGCCUUUCUUUACGCAUGAAAAACAAGAGGAAAGGCUGAGUUACAUAAAUCCUGGCUUUUAUUUCGAUGGCUCGUAAUGUCGAACUUGAGACCGUAAGUCUUACGAUCUAACGGGAUAUGUACGUGGAUAUAUGUGCACGUGUAUGCACAGGCUCGCGUUGUACGCAAGAAUAAAUGUCUGUCGCGUUUUCAUCACACAUCAAGCGGUGCGUUUAGCUGCCUUUGAAUUUUGUUAUUCGUAAUAGUAAAAUUGAUAAAAUAAUAUUGACUUCUCAAAACCAUCGUUUACUUUCGAACAAGAAGAAAAAUUUGCAUCAAGCUUCCACUGCUCAAAUGUACGCUGAAAACACGAAGCAAUAAAGAGAGACAGCUCUCCUUCUUAGCUUCUUUCAAAGAUAAAAAUGGCAUAUAUCGCCUUUCGAAUCUACCGGAUAUACUUCGGCGCCUGCAUAAUGCCCUUGUCACAUGAUCUCUCUUUCGUUUCUUUACAAUUAUUGUAGUAGUAUUGUCUGUUUUAUCGUCGACUGCGUUUGUCCUCUGUUACACUAACGCUUAAGCGAUCGCGCGAUCGUGAUAAAGUUAACGUUAGAAAAGAUCGUGACGAACUGGCUUGAAUACGUUAUUUUCACGUUGCAAUUGUAUGAAUGUAUAUAACUGUCAAUAUAGUAUAUAUAUAUAUAUGCACACAUUUCCGUGUACAUUACGUCCGACACUUGCUAAUUAUUUGUGAUGUACGUGUAAUUAGUAUUUUUAUAUAUAUAGUAUUUUCGCGCGUGGUAUACAGUAUACGAUAUAUUCGCAUGUAUAGAUUUAUGUAUAUAGAUAUAUCUCUACUAUCUAUAUUUAUAUAUAUAUAUAUAUUGUAUAUUUAUAUAUAACUCUGGGUACAAAUAAUGCUUACAAAAAUAUUAAUUUGGGAAGGCAAACUUUCAAUUAUAAGUCCGUUAGUCUCGAAAUACUCACGAAUGCAACAAUAACAGUGGCCGAUUUUAUCUACAAUACCGAAAUCAUAGGGAAACCGCCGUCCGUGUCUCUCUCUAACUCAACACAAGCCUCCGCGUGCUCCCUUCCUCGGAGAACAGCUGCCCUAAAAUCUCAAACUAUAAUCGUUAUCUCUUAGAUAUCUCAAAACUCAUCUCCCCCCUUCGAUGUUUAGUAUUCUCGCCCCCCUUGUUCUUCUUUUUCUUUCUUUCUUUUGACACCUUCAAGGUAGCAGCUGUCA